AUGCCCACUAUAAGGAGGUGUUUCUCUGCCAACAAAAUGAAGCGAAGCGCAAUGGCGGCCAUGGAAACGGACGCCCAGGACGCACAGGAAGACGCGCUGAAAGCUCAAAAGCUAGACCAUGUUAUCUUCAACGAUGCAUCCAGCAGCGAUGUUGUUAUUCGUUUGGUGAAGGAGACAGCUGCAGAUGGGGCUACUUCCGAAGCUUUGUAUCUUCACACAGAUGUCCUUGUUGCAUGCAGCACUUAUUUUGCUGCUCAACUCUCCGAGCGCUGGGUCGGGGCGGAUGUCUCGGUGGACGAGCAAGGACGACUUGUUCUUGUUGUGCAUUUGAACGACGCUGGGAGCUUUGAGGCGUUCUCUGUGGCCCUUGCUAAGUUGUACGCUGAACUUGGUGUUGGUAGGGGACAGUCUGAGAAAGACAUCAGCUUUUCUGGCUUUCAAGAAGCCUUGGCGUGCCUGCAACCAGCAGACCAACUGGGCUUGGAGUCCCUGUACAAAUCUGCAGUAUCUUAUCUCCAGUCGAUCCCCUGGACAGUGCAAGAGGAGGGAAUGAUCGUGGAGCUGCUAAGCCGGACGCGAAUUCCUGAGGAAAAGCUCUUGGAAAGGACUAGGGAAGCAAGCAUCACGACUCAGUACAGAAUCCUGGAAGCUGUAGUUGCCAAUGCGGUCCAGGGUCUAAGAUCCUCAGCAUUUUGCCGCAGCUUCGUUGAAAAGUUGCUCAGUUCCGAUUCCAGCAGCAACCGGCAAGUGAUAGAGAGGGCACUCAAUGAGAUCUUCAAAGAUCUUGAAGCAUCCAGCGUUGAGACAUUGAAAAAACUCAUUCAGAAUCUAGUGAAAGAUGCCGGUUUCAAGGCCUUCGCUGACAAGCUGGAAUGGCUUUUUGGCCUCCCUCUUCCAUUGGUUGCAAGUGAGCGCAGCCUGAAAAUCAAGCGGAAGAUAGUGGAUGUGGUGCUCCCAUUGAGGAGCGACAAGUCAGACUUUCGCAUAUUAUUCUGGAGCGCAGGCUUGUCCAAUUUGCACUCGGUCCUCGUGGCAGAGGUCAUCAAAGGGAGGCUUCCCCUGGAUGUGGAAUGCCGCAAAGGCUUGGUCGAAAUGUGGUUCCUAGCUUUUAAGUCGCUUUCCGAAGCUGGCUGCUCUUUGGGUGGAAGGCUUCCAGAUCCAGAGCUGGCUUUGCUGUCCACUCUCCCGCUUGACGACCAAGCAGAAGUGAUCGAGCCAGUGCUAUCCAUCAUCUCAGAUGAAAGGGCAUGGGCGCCCUGGUUUCAAUGCUGGAUGGAAAAGGUUUGCCACGCAGGCGGAGAACCGGUCCUUCAGUGUUGAACCUCAUCAUCCCUCGUGCAAAGUUAAAGCGUCGUCCGAAUAGAUUUGUCAGAUGGAAGAGGUCUUGUGAACGUCCUGCAAAGCCGGUUGAAUAAGCUUUAACAUACUCUUCUCUGUACGAAGAUGCCGGAAACUGGCCGGGCCAUGUGACUAGAGGUUCAUCAUCGAGGUCGACCAUGGUUACCUUUGAAUCUCAUCUUUCAUGAACGAAUUUCUGCUUGCAAGAUUCAUGACGUUUGAAUUGAUAGGCUUGAUUGAGGGCAAUAUGGUGCUG